CGUCGGUUACUCCAGGCUAGUGACUUCCUGCUUUUCUUCCCUCGUACCCAUCUUUCCAGACUGUCAAGACUCAUAUCUUCCGCAUAUUUUCCCAUUUCUUUCAUUUCUCUAUACACUCAGCCAAAAUGCCUCGCCAAUUCUUCGUCGGUGGUAACUUCAAUGAUAGGAACGGUGUCACUGACACCAUCACCUCCAUCAUCAAGAACCUCAAUGAGGCCAAGCUCGACCCCUCCGUCGAGGUCGUCAUCUCCCCCUCUGCCCUCUACCUCCUCCUUGCCCGCCAAACUGCCGACUCCAAGAUUGGCGUUGCCGCCCAGAACGUCUUCGACAAGCCCAACGGUGCUUUCACCGGUGAAAUCAGCGUUGAGCAGCUCAAGGAUGCUAAGAUUGACUGGGCUAUUAUCGGACACAGCGAGCGUCGUGUCAUCCUUAAGGAGACUGACGAGUUUAUUGCUCGCAAGACCAAGGCUGCCAUUGAUGGUGGGCUGAGCGUCAUCCUUUGCAUUGGUGAGACCCUUGAGGAGCGUGAGGCCGGCAAGACCAUCGACGUCGUUAGAAGGCAGCUCACUGCCGUCGCCAAGGAGCUCUCCAAGGAGCAGUGGCAGAAGGUCGUCAUUGCCUACGAGCCUGUCUGGGCCAUCGGCACCGGCAAGGUCGCUACCACCGAGCAGGCCCAGGAGGUCCACGCUGCCAUCCGCAAGUGGCUCAGCGACGACGUCUCCGCCGAGGCCUCUGAGAACGUCCGCAUCAUCUACGGUGGCUCCGUCAGCGAGAAGAACUGCCGCGAGCUGGCCAAGCAGCCCGAUGUCGACGGUUUCCUGGUUGGCGGUGCCAGCUUGAAGCCUGCCUUCGUCGACAUUGUCAACGCCCGUCUGUAAGCCGACAUACAGGAAAACCUCCCUCACAAAAUCCUGCUGCCGCUGUAGUAGUACCGGCAGGAAUACAGAUUUCGCAAUCGAUCUCUUGAGCGGCGCUCUGGGGAAUUAUAUAAGCUUGCUUACCUUUGCCCAUUCAGCUGGUGGAGUUCAGGCUAUAUAUCUCAACGAUAAGUAGGAAUUGAAUGUAAAUAAAGUGAAGUAUGCGAUACAGCUGGUUCAGUC